AUUUAAUUAAAACAAACACUCAAGCCACACUUGCCAAAUCACUCCUGUCUUUCUCAGAUACAACCCAAACAGCAAAAACAAUGGCGGCCAUUUUGUCUCAGUUAUCUUCUCUCCGAUCACCGGAAACUCUCUCGUUUUCCUCCGGCAAUCACUUUUCCGGUGUAAUCACACAUUCUCCGGUGACAUUUCCGGCUAUUCGUCAACGCCAAAUCUCAUGUCAAAGUCAAACCACCUCUUCACUAACAUCUCCUUCGUCCUCCGUCAUUGCAACUGCCAAUCAGAAGGACUUUCUACACAUUAGUGAUUUCGACAAAGCCACUAUCUUGAGCAUCUUGGAUCGAGCCAGAGAGGUUAAAGAAUUGCUAAAAUCAGGAGAGAGGACAUAUCUCCCAUUCACGGGUAAAACUAUGGCGAUGAUUUUUGCUAAGCCUUCCAUGAGGACACGGGUUUCUUUUGAGACAGGUUUUUUCUUGCUUGGAGGCCAUGCAAUCUAUUUGGGACCCAAUGACAUACAGAUGGGUAAGCGGGAAGAAACUCGUGAUGUUGCUCGUGUUCUUUCUCGCUAUAAUGAUAUCAUUAUGGCUAGAGUUUUUGCUCAUCAGGACAUUCUUGAUCUAGCUAAAUAUGCAACUGUGCCUGUGAUCAAUGGCCUGACAGACUAUAACCAUCCUUGUCAAAUAAUGGCUGAUGCCCUUACGAUAAUUGAGCAUGUCGGCCAGCUUGAAGGAACUAAGGUUGUCUAUGUUGGAGAUGGAAAUAACAUAGUGCAUUCCUGGCUGCUACUGGCUUCAGUGAUUCCUUUCCACUUUGUCUGUGCCUGCCCCAAAGGUUUUGGACCUGAUCAGGAAACAGUUGACAAAGCACGACAGGCUGGAGUCAGCAAAAUCGAGAUAACUAAUGAUCCAAAGGAAGCUGUUAGAGGCGCUGAUGUUGUCUACUCAGAUGUUUGGGCCAGCAUGGGACAAAAGGAAGAAGCUGCACAUCGCCGUCAAGCCUUUCAAGGAUUCCAGGUGGAUGAAGAACUGAUGAAAAUAGCUGGAAAGAAAGCUUAUUUUAUGCACUGUUUGCCAGCGGAAAGAGGAGUGGAAGUUACUGACGGCGUAAUUGAAGCACCAAACUCCAUUGUUUUCCCCCAAGCUGAGAACCGCAUGCAUGCACAAAACGCAAUUAUGCUUCAUGCUCUUGGCUUGUAAAUGCCGUUUGUUUUUCCUAUAGCAGAGCCUUGUUAGGACCUAGAGCACAUCCUCUCGUAAACCAUAUUUUUGUUGAAGCACUGAAGAACUUGGACCAUCUCUGUGCAUAUAACUCGAGGUUUUCUAGGUUUAAUUUGACUCUCAUGUUGAAAUAUUCUCUUUUCCAUGGUA